CUGCAGACAUGACUGCGUGGGGGAAAUUCGAGUCGCUGCUUCUGGCGCUGCUGGCGCUGUGCGCGGGGUUCCUCACUGCAGCCCAAGGUCAGAACUGCGGGGGCUUAGUUCAGGGUCCCAAUGGCACCAUCGAGAGCCCGGGGUUCCCCCAUGGCUACCCCAACUACGCCAACUGCACCUGGAUCAUCAUCACGGGGGAGCGCAAUCGGAUACAGCUGUCCUUCCACACCUUUGCUCUGGAGGAGGACUUCGAUAUUCUGUCAGUGUAUGACGGACAGCUCCAACAGGGCAAUCUGAAAGUGAGGUUGUCGGGAUUUCAGCUGCCUUCCUCCAUCGUCAGCAGCGGCUCCAUCCUUACUCUGUGGUUCACGACAGACUUCGCUGUGAGUGCCCAGGGAUUCAAAGCGCUGUAUGAAGUUUUACCCAGCCACACAUGUGGAAAUCCUGGGGAAAUCCUGAAGGGAGUCCUCCACGGGACACGAUUCAACAUAGGAGACAAGAUCCGAUACAGCUGUCUCUCUGGCUACGUCUUGGAGGGCCAUGCCAUCCUGACCUGCAUCGUCAGCCCCGGGAAUGGGGCCUCCUGGGACUUCCCAGCCCCGUUCUGUAGAGCUGAGGGGGCCUGCGGGGGAACCUUGCGGGGGACGAGCAGCAGCAUCUCCAGCCCCCACUUCCCUUCCGAGUAUGAGAACAACGCUGACUGCACGUGGACCAUCCUUGCAGAGCCGGGGGACACCAUCGCACUGGUCUUCACUGAUUUCCAGCUCGAAGAAGGAUACGACUUCUUAGAGAUCAGCGGGACAGAAGCACCGUCCAUAUGGCUGACCGGCAUGAACCUCCCUUCUCCUGUCAUCAGCAGCAAGAACUGGUUGCGCCUCCAUUUCACAUCUGACAGCAACCACCGACGGAAAGGAUUUAACGCUCAGUUUCAAGUGAAAAAGGCGAUUGAAUUGAAGUCAAGAGGAGUCAAGGUGAUGCCCAGCAAGGACAGCAGCCAUAAGAACUCUGUCUUAACGCAAGGAGGUGUUGCUUUGGUCUCCGACAUGUGUCCAGAUCCUGGGAUUCCAGAGAAUGGCAGGAGAGCGGGUUCGGACUUCAGGGUUGGUGCAAAUGUACAGUUCUCCUGCGAGGACAAUUACGUGCUCCAAGGAUCCAAGAGCAUAACAUGUCAGAGAGUCACAGAGACCCUGGCUGCAUGGAGUGACCACCGGCCGAUUUGCAGAGCAAGAACAUGUGGAUCGAAUCUGCGUGGGCCCAGUGGCGUCAUUACCUCCCCUAAUUACCCAGUUCAGUACGAAGACAAUGCUCACUGUGUAUGGGUCAUCACUACGACGGAUCCUGAUAAGGUCAUCAAGCUUGCCUUUGAGGAGUUUGAGCUAGAAAGAGGUUAUGACACCCUAACCGUGGGCGGCGGAAAAGUAGGGGACACCAGGACCGUCUUGUAUGUACUCACUGGAUCCAGUGUUCCUGACCUCAUCGUGAGUAUGAGCAACCAGAUGUGGCUGCACCUACAGUCUGAUGACAGCAUAGCCUCGCCUGGAUUUAAAGCUGUUUACCAAGAAAUUGAGAAGGGAGGGUGCGGGGACCCAGGCAUCCCAGCCUACGGGAAGCGGACCGGCAGCAGCUUCCUCCAUGGAGACACACUCACAUUCGAAUGCCAGGCGGCCUUCGAGCUGGUGGGGGAGCGAGUCAUCACGUGUCAGCAGAACAACCAGUGGUCUGGCAACAAGCCCAGCUGUGUAUUUUCCUGUUUCUUCAACUUUACGGCAUCAUCAGGAAUCAUCCUCUCACCGAAUUACCCAGAAGAGUACGGUAACAACAUGAACUGCGUCUGGCUGAUCAUCUCGGAGCCGGGCAGCAGAAUUCACCUCAUCUUUAAUGACUUUGACGUGGAGCCUCAGUUUGACUUCCUUGCGGUCAAAGAUGACGGGAUUUCAGACAUAACUGUGCUAGGCACGUUCUCAGGCCAUGAGGUGCCGUCCCAGCUGGCCAGCAGCGGACACAUCGUCCGUCUGGAGUUCCAGUCGGAUCACUCCACCACCGGCCGAGGCUUCAACAUCACCUACACCACAUUUGGUCAAAACGAGUGCCACGAUCCUGGCAUCCCCAUAAAUGGGCGGCGUUUUGGUGACAGGUUCCUGCUGGGGAGCUCGGUCUCUUUCCACUGUGAUGAUGGCUUUGUCAAAACCCAGGGCUCGGAGUCCAUCACCUGCAUCCUGCAGGAUGGGAACGUGGUCUGGAGCUCCACCGUCCCCCGCUGCGAAGCCCCAUGUGGAGGACAUCUGACAGCUUCAAGUGGAGUGAUUUUGCCCCCAGGAUGGCCAGGGUAUUACAAAGAUUCCUUAAAUUGUGAAUGGAUAAUUGAAGCAAAACCAGGACACUCUAUCAAAAUCACUUUUGAUAGAUUCCAAACCGAAGUCAACUACGACACGCUGGAGGUCAGAGACGGGCCAGCCAGCUCGUCCCCGCUGAUCGGGGAGUACCACGGCACGCAGGCGCCACAAUUCCUCAUCAGCACUGGCAACUUCAUGUACCUCCUGUUCAGCACAGACAACAGUCGGUCCAGCGUGGGAUUCCUCAUUCGCUACGAGAGUGUGACUCUGGAGUCUGACUCCUGCCUUGAUCCUGGGAUCCCCGUGAACGGGCAUCGGCACGGCAGUCACUUUGGCAUCCGGUCCACAGUGACCUUCAGCUGUGACCCGGGCUACACGCUGAGUGACGACGAGCCUCUGGUCUGUGAGAGGAACCACCAGUGGAACCACGCGUUGCCCAGCUGUGACGCCCUCUGUGGAGGAUACAUCCAUGGAAAGAGUGGAACAGUUCUUUCUCCUGGGUUUCCAGAUUUUUACCCAAACUCUCUAAACUGUACAUGGACCAUUGAGGUGUCGCAUGGAAAGGGAGUCCAGAUGAUCUUCCACACCUUUCACCUGGAGAGCUCCCACGACUACCUGCUGAUCACCGAGGAUGGGAGCUUCUCGGAGCCGGUGGCCAGGCUCACGGGCUCAGUGCUGCCUCACACCAUCAAGGCGGGUUUGUUUGGAAACUUCACAGCUCAGCUUCGGUUUAUAUCAGACUUUUCCAUUUCCUAUGAGGGCUUCAACAUCACGUUUUCAGAGUACGACCUAGAGCCGUGCGAUGACCCUGGCGUCCCUGCCUUCAGCAGAAGAAUCGGCUUUCACUUCGGAGUCGGGGACGCACUGACCUUCUCCUGCUUCCCGGGUUACCGCUUAGAAGGUGCUACCAAGCUCACGUGCCUGGGUGGGGGCCGCCGUGUGUGGAGUGCACCUCUGCCAAGGUGUGUGGCUGAAUGUGGAGCAAGUGUCAAAGGAAAUGAAGGAACAUUGCUAUCUCCAAAUUUCCCGUCAAACUAUGAUAAUAACCAUGAGUGUAUCUAUCAAAUUGAAACGGAAGCUGGCAAGGGGAUCCAUCUCAGAGCACGAAGCUUCCAGCUGUUUGAAGGAGAUAUUCUGAAGGUCUAUGAUGGAAAAGACAGCUCGUCGCGGCCCCUGGGUGCCUUCACUAGGAACGAGCUGGUGGGGCUCGUCCUGAACAGCACCUCCAACCACCUGUGGCUGGAGUUCAACUCCAAUGGAUCCGACACGGACCAGGGCUUUCAGCUCACCUACACCAGUUUUGACCUAGUGAAAUGUGAGGACCCGGGGACCCCUAACUAUGGCUACAGGAUCCGGGAUGAAGGCCAUUUCACCGACACGGUCGUCCUGUACAGCUGUAACCCGGGCUACGCUAUGCACGGCGGGGGCACUCUGACCUGUCUGAGUGGAGACCGAAGAGUGUGGGACAGGCCACUGCCUUCCUGUGUAGCUGAAUGUGGGGGGCGGAUCCAUGCUGCCACUUCAGGACGCAUCCUGUCUCCAGGAUACCCUGCUCCCUAUGACAACAACCUCCACUGCACCUGGGUGGUAGAGGCAGACCCAGGGAAGACCAUCAGCCUGCACUUCAUCGUGUUUGACACGGAGCUGGCCCACGACAUCCUGCGAGUGUGGGACGGCCCGGCGGACAGCGCCAUCCUGCUGAAGGAGUGGAGCGGCUCGGCGCUGCCCGAGGACAUCCACAGCACCUUCAACUCCCUCACCCUGCAGUUCGACAGCGACUUCUUCAUCAGCAAGUCCGGCUUCUCCGUGCAGUUCUCAACAUCCAUCGCAUCCACCUGCAACGACCCGGGUAUGCCUCAAAAUGGUACCCGCUACGGGGACAGCAGAGAACCUGGGGACACCAUCACCUUCCAGUGUGACCCCGGGUACCAGCUCCAAGGGCAAGCUAAAAUCACCUGUGUGCAGCUGAAUAACCGAUUCUUUUGGCAACCAGACCCUCCUACGUGCAUAGCUGCAUGCGGAGGAAACCUGACCGGGCCCGCGGGGGUCAUCCUGUCGCCCAACUACCCACAGCCCUACCCGCCUGGGAAGGAGUGCGACUGGAGGGUGAGGGUGAACCCGGACUUCGUCAUUGCCCUGAUAUUCAAAAGUUUCAACAUGGAGCCCAGCUAUGAUUUCCUGCACAUCUAUGAAGGAGAGGACUCCAACAGCCCUCUCAUUGGAAGUUUCCAGGGUUCUCAAGCCCCAGAAAGAAUUGAGAGCAGCGGAAAUAGUCUUUUUCUGGCGUUUCGAAGCGAUGCUUCUGUGGGCUUGUCGGGGUUUGCCAUUGAAUUUAAAGAGAAACCACGGGAAGCCUGUUUUGACCCUGGAAACAUAAUGAAUGGGACGAGGAUUGGGACCGACUUCAAGCUCGGCUCAACUGUCACGUACCAGUGUGACUCUGGCUACAAGAUCGCUGACCCAUCUUCCAUCACGUGUGUAAUUGGAGUGGAUGGAAAGCCUGCGUGGAACCGGGUCUUGCCCUCCUGCAAUGCCCCCUGCGGAGGCCAGUACACGGGAUCAGAGGGGGUGGUCUUGUCACCCAAUUACCCUCACAACUAUACCGCCGGUCAGAUCUGCCUCUAUUCAAUAACGGUACCAAAGGAAUUUGUGGUGUUUGGGCAGUUCGCCUAUUUCCAGACGGCGCUGAAUGACCUGGCAGAGCUGUUUGACGGGACGCACCCACAGGCCAGAUUGCUCAGCUCACUCUCGGGGUCUCACUCAGGUGAGACAUUGCCUUUGGCCACAUCCAACCAGAUUCUGCUCCGAUUCAGCGCAAAGAGCGGGGCUCCAGCACGGGGUUUCCACUUCGUAUAUCAAGCUGUCCCGAGGACCAGCGACACCCAGUGCAGCUCUGUCCCUGAGCCCAGGUAUGGGAGGAGAAUCGGUUCGGAGUUCUCGGCAGGGUCCAUCGUCCGCUUCGAGUGUAACCCGGGCUACCUGCUCCAGGGCUCCACAGCCAUCCGCUGCCAGUCUGUGCCCAACGCUCUGGCUCAGUGGAAUGACACGAUCCCCAGCUGCGUGGUCCCCUGCAGUGGCAAUUUCACUCAGCGGAGAGGUACCAUUUUAUCCCCCGGCUACCCUGAACCUUAUGGCAACAACUUAAACUGCAUAUGGAAGAUCAUUGUUACAGAAGGGUCAGGAAUCCAGAUUCAAGUGAUCAGCUUUGCCACGGAGCAGAACUGGGACUCUCUGGAGAUUUAUGACGGUGGUGACGCGAGUGCACCGAGGCUGGGGAGCUUUUCAGGUACCACGGUGCCAGCGCUGCUCAAUAGCACGUCCAACCAGCUCUACCUGCACUUCCAGUCAGACAUCAGCGUGGCUGCUGCUGGCUUCCACCUGGAGUACAAAACCGUGGGUCUCGCGGCUUGCCAAGAGCCAGCCCUUCCCAGUAACAGCAUCAAAACUGGAGACCGAUACAUGGUGAAUGAUGUGCUGUCCUUCCAGUGCGAGCCUGGGUACACACUGCAGGGCCGUUCCCACAUCUCCUGUAUGCCGGGGACCGUGCGGCGUUGGAACUACCCGUCUCCCCUCUGCAUUGCGACCUGCGGGGGCACCUUGAGCAGCAUGGGGGGAGUGGUCUUGAGCCCCGGGUUCCCCGGCACCUACCCCAACAACCUGGACUGCACCUGGAAGAUCUCCCUGCCCAUAGGCUAUGGUGCACAUAUUCAGUUUCUGAAUUUUUCUACCGAAGCUAAUCAUGACUACCUUGAAAUUCAAAAUGGCCCUUACCACACCAGCCCGAUGAUCGGGCAGUUCAGCGGCCCCGACCUACCCAGCGCCCUGCUGAGCACCACUCAUGAGACGCUCAUCCACUUCUACAGUGACCACUCGCAGAACCGACCGGGGUUUAAACUCACCUACCAAGCCUAUGAAUUACAGAACUGCCCUGACCCACCACCUUUCCAGAAUGGGUAUAUGGUCAACUCUGACUACAGUGUGGGACAAUCAAUAUCUUUCGAGUGCUAUCCUGGGUACAUUUUAAUUGGCCACCCAGUGCUCACCUGUCAGCACGGGAUCAACAGAAACUGGAACUACCCUUUUCCAAGAUGUGACGCUCCUUGUGGAUAUAACGUGACAUCUCAGAACGGGACCAUCUAUUCUCCUGGAUUUCCGGAUGAGUACCCCAUCCUGAAGGACUGCAUCUGGCUCAUCUCCGUGCCUCCUGGCCAUGGUGUCUACAUCAACUUCACCUUGCUGCAGACGGAAGCUGUCAAUGACUACAUCGCAGUUUGGGAUGGUCCUGAUCAGAAUUCUCCACAGUUGGGGGUUUUCAGUGGGAACACCGCCCUGGAGACAGCAUAUAGCUCCACCAACCAAGUGCUGCUCAAAUUUCACAGUGACUUUUCAAAUGGAGGCUUCUUCGUCCUCAAUUUUCACGCAUUUCAGCUCAAGAAAUGUCAGCCUCCCCCAGCAGUUCCACAGGCAGAAAUGCUUACAGAGGAUGAGGAUUUUGAAAUAGGAGACUUCGUGAAGUACCAGUGCCACCCUGGGUACACGCUGUCUGGGAUGGACACACUGACCUGUAAGCUCAGCUCCCAGCUACAGUUUGAAGGUUCCCUGCCGACCUGUGAAGCACAAUGCCCAGCCAAUGAAGUCCGGACAGAAUCCUCUGGCGUCAUCCUCAGCCCAGGGUAUCCAGGCAACUAUUUUAACUCUCAGACCUGCUCCUGGAGCAUCCGAGUGGAACCAAACUACAAUAUCACCAUCUUUGUAGACACAUUCCAAAGUGAAAAGCAAUUUGACGCACUGGAAAUAUUUGAUGGGUCUUCUGGUCAAAGUCCUCUGCUAGUGGUCUUGAGUGGAAACCAUACUGAACAAUCAAAUUUUACAAGCAAGAGUAAUCAGUUAUAUCUCCGCUGGUCCACUGACCAUGCAACCAGUAAAAAAGGAUUCAAGAUUCGUUAUUCAGCACCUUACUGCAGCUUGACCCACACCGUGAAGAAUGGUGGUGUUUUAAAUAGGACUGUAGGAGAAGUUGGAAGUAAAGUGCAGUAUUUCUGCAAACCUGGGUAUCGGAUGAUUGGCCAUAGCAAUGCCACCUGUAGACGGAAUCCAGUUGGCAUGUAUCAGUGGGAUUCCCUUGCUCCACUCUGCCAGGCUGUGUCCUGUGGAAUCCCAGAGUCCCCAGGAAAUGGUUCAUUUACGGGGAAUGAGUUCACACUGGACAGUAAAGUGACCUAUGAUUGUAAUGAGGGCUUCAAGCUGGAUGCUAGUCAGCAAGCUACAGCCGUGUGUCAGGAGGAUGGAUUGUGGAGCAACAGGGGGAAGCCCCCCACAUGCAAACCGGUCACCUGCCCAGGCAUCGAAGCCCAGCUCUCGGAACACGUCACUUGGAGGCUGGUGUCAGGGUCCCUGAAUGAGUACGGAGCGCAGGUGGUGCUGAGCUGUAGUCCCGGGUACUACCUGGAGGGCCGGCGGCUGCUGCAGUGCCACGCCAACGGCACGUGGAGUGUGGGCGAGGAGAGGCCGAGGUGCAGAGUGAUCUCGUGCGGAAGCCUAUCCUUUCCCCCAAAUGGGAACAAGAUUGGGACGCUGACGGUCUACGGUGCCACAGCCAUAUUCACGUGUAACUCGGGCUACACGCUCGUGGGAUCCCACGUCAGAGAGUGCUUAGCCAAUGGGCUCUGGAGCGGCCCCGAGACUCGCUGUCUGGCCGGCCACUGUGGCUCCCCAGACCCCAUUGUGAAUGGCCACAUCAGCGGCGAUGGCUUCAGUUACAGGGACACAGUGGUUUAUCAGUGCAACCCCGGCUUCCGGCUCGUAGGGACUUCCGUCCGGAUAUGCCUGCAAGACCACAAGUGGUCCGGACACACCCCAGUCUGUGUCCCCAUCACCUGCGGACACCCGGGGAACCCCGCCCACGGGUUGACCAAUGGCAGCGAGUUCAACCUGAACGAUGUGGUGAACUUCACCUGCAACCCCGGCUACCUGCUGCAGGGUGCGUCUCGAGCCCAGUGUCGGAGCAAUGGCCAGUGGAGCGGCCCCCUGCCCACCUGCCGAGUGGUGAACUGCUCCGACCCAGGCUUGGUGGAAAAUGCUGUUCGUCACGAGCACCAGAACCUCGCCGGGGGUUUUGAGUAUGGAGUGACUGUUGUAUAUCAGUGCAAGAGGGGCUUCUACCUGCUGGGAUCUUCCGCCCUCACGUGCAUGGCGAACGGCCUGUGGGAUCGCUCUCUGCCCAAGUGUCUGGUGAUAUCAUGUGGACACCCGGGCGUCCCUGCCAACGCCAUACUCACAGGAGACCUGUUCACGUACGGGGCCGUGGUCCACUACUCGUGCCGAGGGAGCCGCAGUCUCGUGGGCGACAGCAGCAGAGCUUGCCAGGAGGACAGUCACUGGAGUGGAGCCCUGCCCCACUGCACAGGAAAUAACCCUGGAUUUUGCGGUGAUCCGGGGACCCCAGCCCAUGGGUCUCGGCUUGGAGAGGAGUUUAAGGCCAAGAGCCUCCUGCGCUUCUCCUGUGAAAUGGGCUACCAGCUGCGGGGCUCGGCUGAGCGGACGUGUCUGCUUAACGGGUCCUGGUCAGGACUGCAGCCUGUGUGCGAGGCUGUGUCCUGUGGGAACCCGGGGACGCCCACCCACGGCAAGAUCAUCAGCAGCGAUGGCGUGGUGUUCUCCAGCUCGGUGGUCUACGCCUGCUGGGAGGGCUACAGGACCUCAGGGCUGACCACUCGCCACUGCACCGCCAACGGGACCUGGACCGGCACGGCCCCCGACUGCACACUCAUCAGCUGUGGAGACCCAGGGACUCUGGCUAACGGCAUUCAGUUCGGGACAGAUUUCACCUUCAACAAGACUGUCAGCUACCAGUGCAACCCUGGCUACACCAUGGAGCCUGCCACGUCCCCCACCAUCCGCUGCACCAAGGACAGUACCUGGAAUCACAGCAAACCGACCUGCAAAGCCGUCACGUGUGGCCAGCCUCCUCCGGUCCAGGACGGGAAGGUGGAAGGAACGGACUUCCGCUGGGGUGCCAGCAUCAGCUACAGCUGCGCCCAUGGCUUCCAGCUCUCCCAGCCCGCCAUCCUCUCCUGCGAAGGCCGAGGGGUGUGGAAAGGCGAGAUCCCCCAGUGCCUGCCUGUGUUCUGUGGGGACCCCGGCACCCCUGCCGAGGGGCGCCUCAGCGGCAAGAGCUUCACCUACAGAUCCGAAGUCUUCUUCCAGUGCAAGUCGCCCCUCCUCCUGGUGGGGUCGUCCCGGAGAGUCUGCCAGGCAGACGGCACCUGGAGUGGCGUCCAGCCCACCUGCAUCGAUCCUGCUCAUAAUACCUGUCCAGACCCUGGUACUCCACAGUUUGGAAUACAGAAUAGUUCAAGAGGAUAUGAGGUUGGAAGCAUGGUGUUUUUCCGGUGCCGAAAAGGUUACCACGUACAAGGCUCUACAACUCGAACUUGCCUGGCGAACCUGACGUGGAGCGGCAUCCAGACAGAGUGCAUCCCUCACGCCUGCCGCCAGCCUGAAACGCCAGCCCAUGCAGAUGUGAGAGCCAUCGACCUCCCCACCUUUGGCUACACCUUAGUGUACACCUGCCAUCCGGGGUUCUUCCUUGCAGGUGGAUCUGAGCACAGGACGUGUAAGGCAGACAUGAAAUGGACAGGGAAGUCCCCUGUCUGUAAAAGUAAAGGAGUGAGAGAAGUUAAUGAAACAGUUACUAAAACUCCAGUUCCUUCAGAUGUGUUUUUCAUCCAUUCGGUGUGGAAGGGAUAUUACGAAUAUUUAGGGAAAAGACAGCCUGCGACCCUGACUGUCGACUGGUUCAACGCAACGAGCAGCAAAGUGAACGCGACGUUCACUGACUCCCAGGGGGAGCUGAAGUUGGCAGGUGUUUACAAGAAGGAGGAGGCCCACUUACUUCUGAAAGCUUUUCAGAUAAAAGGUCCAGUGGAUAUUUUCGUCAGCAACUUUGAGAAUGAUAACUGGGGACUGGAUGGUUAUGUAUCAUCCGGACUUGAAAGAGGAGGGUUUACUUUCCAAGGUGACAUACACGGAAAAGACUUUGGGAAAUUCAAGCUGGAAAGGCAAGACCCCGUGAGCUCCGACCAGGACUCCUCGAGUCACUACCAAGGCACCAGCAGUGGCUCUGUGGCGGCCGCCAUUCUAGUUCCGUUCUUCGCUCUCAUCUUAUCAGGGUUUGCAUUUUACCUCUACAAACACAGGACUAGACCCAAGGUCCAGUACAACGGCUACGCCGGCCACGAGAACAGCAACGGGCAGGCCUCCUUUGAGAACCCCAUGUACGACACGAACUUAAAGCCCACUGAGGCCAAGGCCGUGCGCUUUGACACGACUCUGAACACGGUGUGCACCGUGGUGUAGCCCGCGGGCGGCCGCCUCAUAGCCAUACCUCCGACGACGGACAGCAGGGACCACAGGUGCCACAAACCCUCCCCUCCGGCCCGGCCCUUCCCGGCCACACGGGGUAUGCGGGCCACAGACAGACCCUCGUCCCGGGAGCGGACCCACCGCCGCCCUGCUGCGGCCUCGGCACGCGGAGGAAGGCGCGGCCCCGGGACGCGCGGCCUUGCCCAGCAGCCCUGCCCGCCUGGUGUGGCCCAGCUGCCUCUCAGUGCAGCCUCCGCCGGACGGCCUCUGGGCCACACGUGGUAGCACCGCAGUAUGGGUUCAUUGUUUUUUUGUUUUGUUUUGUUUUUUCUUAAAUCCCCAUGAAUAUUCUGGAAAAAGAAGAAGAAAAAAAAAAAAAAGCCCUCCUGAAGAAGAUACCUUUCCGGCAGCCGCACACACCUGCAGACGCUUUGCGCCGUCCUCCCCGAGACCGGCAAGCUUCGAGGGCCCCGCAGCUCACCUCGGGGCCGCCCCAGGGCCAUCUGCAAACUUCCCAGUCAGCUGUUCUCUCGCAGAAUUUUUGAUGCACAAUUUUUUGCACUAGUGUGUUAUGAAUGACUAAGAUUCUGAUAAAAAAAUAAACUAUUUACACGGGGUUUCUACACACUAUCCAUUGUAUAUAAGCAUCCUGCCAUACUGUCAAGCUAAGCAUUCCAGCUGCAGUUUAGUUAGCGUGUGAGAAACAAGAAAAAAAAAAAUCCCCAGAUAUGGCACAGGUUUUAAAAGGAAAAAUAAUAUCGAAGAGAUGUAUUUUAUUACUGCUUUCUGUUAGCUUCACAGCUGUGUUGAAUUCAUGGAGAAAGAACAGAGGCCUUUUAUUUCCCGCAUCCUUUCUUUAGUCUCGUCCCCAUCCCAUGACCAUCGAUAUUCCACUACUUCAUAGCAGGAGGUCCGCAGCACUUUCUGUGCCAUGUACAGAUGUGAAUAGUAAUUUAUUUUGGGUCACUCAUGACCUGCCUGUGGGUUUGGGCUCGCCACACAGUCUUCCCGUCCAUCCUCUGCUGUGAUUUCUCUCUUUCGCUGCCAUCCCUCUCGUUUUCUGUUAAAGAACUGUGUGUUCCUGGGACGCAGUGGAAAAGUUUCGGGAUGAUCGAAGUAGUAAAUGUUCCUUUAGAGGCAAGGAAAAGUCACACCCACUCUUCUUUCCUGAUGACACAGUUUAGAUAUUACUAUUAUAGAUUUCUUCUGUUUCAUGCUAUAUAAUCCCAGAUGGAAAGAAAACUUCGGUGAGUUUUUUGAGCUCAAAACUCUUCACAGGUAAAUUAUGAAUCACAGUAUAAAUAAAGUAGGUGUGACUCCCCAGGUGGUAACAGACCAGACAGGAAGCAGAAGAUGCGGCCGUGAGGAUGUUUACAUAAUAAACUCAGAGAUCAUGUUUAUUUUUACUUACAGCUGUUUGAUUUAAUUUUUUUUUAAAGGAAAAGCAUAUGUUAUUAUCUGAGUUUUAAGUAUACAUUCCACUUACUGAGAAGGUCCCCUUUGUCCAUCCUUGGCAGCAUCGGUAGAAACUUGGUUCUUGAGGACAUGUUCACACGUAGCUUUAAGACUGAUGUGUUUGUUGCAUGCUUCGAUGCAGGGCUUGAAAAGUGAAAAGGGAAAACACAAAUGUCAGGAUAAUAGCUCAUUCUUUCAAAAGUUUCAAUUUGAACAUUUCAGCCGCUCUUACCCAUGGGGCACUCACUGUUGUGCUGCCUGUUUGAAGGGCACAGCUGUCGGGAGGCGUGGCCAAGCUCCAUGGUCCCGGCCUCUCCCAGCCUCUCCCACCCACCCACAGCGUGGAGCUCCAGAGUUCGCCCUGGCCAAUCUGGCAGUGGGCCCGAGAGGGCUUUGCAGCCUGGAAUCCUUACGGCUUCUUCUCCUUAGGCCAGAUGCGGUCAGUUAGAGGCAGGCUCCUCGCACACCCAGGGAGCUGAAGUAAAGAGAGGACAGGAGGAAGCUGUCGCGUCUUUGUGUGCAGGGGAGAACAGGGUUACUAUACAUAUGAGGUGUAUAUAUAUACAUACAUAUAGAUAAAUAUAAUAGCGUGUACAUAUGCGGUUUGAGUCAUUCAAACUAGGUGCAAAAUGCUGACUUCAGAGUCUGAAUCAGUGUCUCUCUCCACAUCCCUGACCUGCUUGCUGGUCAGUGAUGUUACAAAACCCUGACACGACAGGACAUACCUACAUACAAGAAACCACAUAUCAGAUCAGACAUGAUUCUCCUUUGUGUGCAAAGUCAGAGUGUCCUCGGUUGCCAGUUUGGAGCAUGUUGUUAAAAAAAAGUGUCCCAUGAAAUUCUUGUGCGAGAAUUCUGCCCAGUUUCUUCCCAGGGUGUGUGCAGUGUUGAUCAGAUUCCCGCGAGGUGCUGGAGGUUUGGUCCAAGCCGUCGGCAAGUAUGCCCUCCUGUCCGGCUGCAGGAUUGUUUCCGGGAGCAGCCAGAGCCCAUGAGCGCGGGAGCCCCGGACAGGUUCUGUGCUUCAAAGCUGUUCAAACUGCUGCUUGUCCCGCACAUCUUGCCUUUCUUCAGGCUAGCUGCAAUAAUUUUUUUCUUCUGUAAAAUAUUUUGUAAACAACCACAAAAAAAAAAAAAGCUAUUAUAAAAAAGGGGAAAGAACGCUGGCAUUAUGAUCAGGAAACCAUCGCCAUCAGCCACCCGUCUCGCCACCUCGCCACAUGCUGCUGACAUGAAGUAGGUGCAAACGACCUUUUUGUACAGAGAUAUAUUUUUUAUGAAGAAUUUGUAAAAUUAUUAAAUAUGCUGUAAUUUUUUGAUUAAUGUAGGUAAAUUGUUAAAAAAAUAAAUGUUUUUACAAUACAAAACUGUAAUUUUCCCAAUAAUGUACAAUGUACCAUCUCUAGCUGACGUUCAGUUCCAAUCCUAUUACACAUGUAUUAAUAUUAAAGUGACCUGUUAAAAUGAACAGUUAUCUUUUUUUGUCAAAAAAAAAAUUAUACAGAGUGUAAUAUAGCCUGUGCAAUGCCACCUAUCUUUAAAGCAAAUCAGAGUUCUAAUUAAAUAUUUAAUUUUAG